AUGAAUUCUUGGGAUCAAGUCAAAUUUUCGUUCUCCCCUCGUGCAAGAGGUUGUUAUUUAGUUACAGAUGAAGUGAUCCGGGCACUUCCCCAAAUCAGAUCGUAUAAAGUUGGAAUGGUCAAUCUAUUCCUAGAACACACAUCGGCGGGAUUAUCGUUAAAUGAAAAUUGGGAUCCCAGUGUUCGAUCUGACAUGACCACAGCUUUAAAUAAUGUUGUUCCAGACGACAAUGGUCAUGUUUUCGAUCACGUUGAUGAAGGUGCAGAUGAUAUGUCUGGACAUGCCAAGUCAUCGAUUAUCGGUGUCUCUUUAAGCAUUCCUAUAACUAAUGGAAGGUUAGCCUUAGGAACAUGGCAAGGUAUCUGGCUUUUAGAGUUCAGAAAUUAUAGGCAUACCAGAUAUUGUCUUGCGACGAUAAACGGCUUAAAGGAAGCGGAAGAGAAAGAUCUCUGA